AUGCAUACGAGAUGGACAUCUCUGCCACUAUUAGCGACAUGUGUUUCAGCAUUCUAUCCUUACCACCAGGACUCCGAGACCAAGGACAAGAGAUUUUACCCUCUAGCUCCAGAAAGGCCUUCCGAUGACCAAGAUGUUUACACAAUCGAUGUGAGAAGAGUCAGACGGCAGAAUGCUUUCAACAUUGUCGAGUCCACAGACCCGACCCAGCCGCAUUCUCUCGCGGUGCACCAGGAUGGCCAGGACUACAGCUACCUGUCAACACUUCGUUUCGGCUCAAAGGGCCAAGAGAUGCAUAUGCUCAUCGACACUGGAAGCACAAAUACCUGGGUAUUUGGGUCAGACUGCAAGUCCGCGGCGUGUUCGAUACACAAUACCUUUGGAAAGGAUGAUUCAUCCACGCUUACCACGAACUCCAAAACUUUUCAGCUUGCGUAUGGCACAGGAGAAGUCGACGGCGUUAUGGCUCAAGACAAGAUCGUUUUUGCAAACUACAGUCUGCAGCUUCCAUUCGGACUGGCACAAACUGCUAGCAAUGAUUUCAACAACUAUCCCAUGGACGGAAUCUUGGGACUCGGCCCUGCUUCAUCGAAUGACUUAGGAUCAAAGACAGUAAUGCAGACUCUUGAUGACCAGGCCGGCCUGCCCUCCAAUAUCCUUGGCAUACAUCUCCAGCGCGCCAAAGACGGUUCGAAGGAUGGAACCAUCACCAUUGGAGGUCUCGACAAUAGCAAGUUCAAGGGCGACAUCGCGUACACCAACAUCAAGGCUGGGAGCUCCUGGGAGAUCGUAGUCGACGAUGUCUUCGUGGGCGGCCAAGCUUGCAAGUUCUCUGGCAAGAGCGCCAUCAUCGAUACUGGCACAUCCUACGCAUUGAUGCCACCAAGCGACGCCAAAGUAUUGCACGCCCUCAUUCCAGGUAGUUCCAGUAGCGGCGAGUCGUACACGGUGCCAUGUGAUGCGAGCACGACGGUGGAAGUAUCCUUCUCAAAGAUCAAGUACAGCAUCUCGCCCAAGGAUUACGUCGGAAAGCAGGGCAGCGGGAAUGUCUGCGCGAGUAACAUUAUUGGCCACCAGCCGUUCGGUCCAGAUCAGUGGAUUCUGGGUGAUAUCUUUCUGAAGAAUGUCUAUUCAGUGUUCGACUUCGACAAAGAUCGGAUAGGCUUUGGAACAAUGUCAGGAACCGUCUCAACCACAUCCAACACGACGUCUUCAACAAGUACUCAGGCACCCUCCAGCUCGGGUACGAGUAGUACAGCAACAAGCAUGGAGACCCAGAUAUCUACUGCGUCAUCGACAGGCGGUGGAAGCGAAACGCCAAGCGGAAAUGCUUCGCCUUUCGGUGACGACGAGUCGGGAAGCAACUCAACGGCUGCGUCUGCAGGUGCCCGGUAUGCUAUAUCUGGCGGGGGCUGGCUGGCACUCGUGAUUCUCACCACGGGCAUGGUCACAUAG